ACACGAUGCAUCAAACCUCCCUCAGACCUCAACUCAAUGCCUCAUUCUUCUUCUUCCUCAACCCUCAAUCCUCUGCCCUCACCCUCUUCUCCACUGUCUCGCGCUCACUGCCCGGACUCAUCUCCUCCCAGCCACGCGCGAUUCGCCAGCGUCACCUCCUCCUUGCUGCUUCGCCGGUUCGUCCUCGCCCAUCUCCACCAGUCCUCCUCCAUCCGCGAAUCGCCGGCGUGACCAGAAGCUCCAGGCUCCUCCUCCUCUGCAGUCUGCUUCGCGCCUCCAUUGCUCCUCGGUAAGGGCGGGGCAGUUUCUAUACAAGUUAAAAAAGGGCAGGGCAGGGUUGGGUAGGGCAAAAAGCCACCCCAUUGCCACCCCUAGUUCUGUCUCUAGAUCUUUUUUUUUCCUUCAGUCUAACAGCAGGAUGCGAGAUAAGAUCAAAUAAUGGAAACUAGUGAGGAACAAAAGUAUGGAGUGCGAAGACUGGAGAUGUCUGACAAGGGCAAAGGUUUCAUAGAGCUACUGCAACAACUUAGUGUUUGUGAUUCUGUCUCUGACAAGGAGUUUGAGGAUAGAUUCCGAGAGCUCAGUUCCCUCGGAGACGACCAUGUUAUCUGCGUCAUUGAAGACCAUGUUUCCAAGAAGAUUAUCGCGACGGGGAGCGUGUUCAUCGAGAAGAAGUUUCUGAGAAACUGUGGCAAGGUUGGUCACAUUGAGGACGUUGUUGUGGAUUCCAGCACUCGUGGGAAGCAACUGGGAAAGAAGAUAAUCAACUUCCUAACGGAUCAUGCUCGUUCAAUGGGCUGCUACAAGGUCAUUCUUGAUUGCAGCAUUGAAAACAAACUCUUCUAUGAGAAGUGUGGCUUCAAGCAGAAAGAAAUUCAGAUGGUUAGGUAUUUCGUUUGAGUCGGUAGCUUUUCUAACUAUUCAGAUAAUUAUGAGUAUGUUUUGUUAACGUGUUGUAACUUAGUACAUGACCUUUGUUCCCUUCAUUCUUUUUACCUUCUCAGUUCAAUUGUGUUUUUAAGAUUCCUUUGUUCAAUAGAAAUUGCACCUUCAAACAUCUGUUCAGAAACACAAGCAUAUCAGCAUAUGCACAUGUUUUAAAUUACAUUACCAAGACAUUCCUUGCCUA